AUGCCAGUCCACGCCGAGGCUCUCAGCGUGGCGGAAAGCAAUGAUGACGACCCCAAGCUGGCUAAGGAGAAGCCGAUCCGGAAGUUGGUCCUGGAAACGGGCACAGGUGCUGGCUUGCCCAUGGAGCCAGAAAAUGAGAAGCCCCAGCCGGCGGAGGAGCACCUUCCCAAAGUCGAGCCGGCUGAGGCUGAAAGCCUUCAGAGGGUGGAUCCCCAGCUGCCUGAGCCCACCACCAAGCCGGCAGACAAAGAAGAGCCCGCGGUAAUGAUCGCAGAGCCGGCCUACGAGAUAAGAGAGACUGCGGACAAGAAAGAAGAGCCGGUUGUUGAGACGACAGAGCCCGCGGUCCAGUUGCCUGCCCCUCCUGCCGCUUAG